GCGUCGGCGCUGGCGCGUCGACGCGCCAGGUCAAGGGUCAGUCCGCAAGAUGGCGGCGGCAGUGACCUUCUGCCGGCUGCUGUGCAGGAGCGGCGGCGCGGCGGCGCUGAGCCUUCCGCCGGGUGCCAGGUGUUUCGGGGUGCGGACCUCGCCGACCGGGGAGAAGGUGACGCACACCGGCCAGGCUUAUGAUGGUAAAGACUACAGGAAAAUUCGAUUUGUAGGUCGUCAGAAAGAGGUGAAUGAGAACUUUGCCAUUGACCUGAUAGCCGAGCAGCCCGUGAGUGACGUGGGGAGCCGCGUGAUAGCGUGUGACGGCGGCGGGGGGGCGCUGGGCCACCCGAAGGUCUACAUCAACUUGGACAAAGAAACGAAGACUGGGACGUGCGGUUACUGCGGCCUCCAGUUCCGACAGCAGCACCACUAGGCAGCCAGUGGCCUGGGCCUCGGCCGCGUCCUUUUACAUGUUAGUGUGAAACAGGCAGAUGCUCGCGCUGUGCAAGCGUGUCCUGGUGCCAAUAAAGCGUCUUCUCCAGGA